AUGGAAUCAGAACUAAGAUAUUACGAAGUGCAGGACCCAUAUGGCAAGGCGUAUUCUUAUUAUAAAGAUGAAUAUCUCUGUCUUUGGGAGGUUACGCCUGAUGAGGUCGUAGCACACUGGGACUGGGACCUUAUCGAGGACGUUCAUUGGUACGAGGACAAAAUAUUACCUGCUUUCAAGGAGCACAACGAUCGCUUCUUAAGCAGAAGUCAGAUUGAGACGACCUUUGGUAUGUCAACACUGCAAAGUGCUUUGCCCAACAUGUUCUCUUUCUCAGUCAACAGAGACGAACUGUCUGGGUCAGACCUGGACCAUUCUCCUAAAUCAGACUCAUUUCCAAAUGAGAAUUAUAGUUUCUCAAGCGAGGAGGAGAAUUGGCAGGUUGAAGAUGACACUUAUUGGGACACAGACGAUGAAGUGGAGGAGUCCAACGCGAUUGAUGAUUCAUACAAGACCCUUGAAGGCGACUGGUGA